UUCCCUAGAUAUCAGUUCUGUCAAGAGAGAAAAAAGAGAGGGACUCUCUUAUCCACGUAAUCGAUCAGCUGCCUGACUCCAAUCAUUUAGCCAAACCCAAAUUUUUGUUGUUAUGAUCCAACCACUACAGUCCCUUUUACAUCUGUGACAAACUGCCAAUUAAGUAUUAACAUUAAUUAGGCUUCCGAAGCAGGUCCAUUGGAUGAUAGGCUACGCUCAUCGGCCAACGCAAAUCAAAUACUGCAUCUGAUAGCCCAGUGCCAUUGAGGAGAGACUCCUUCAACAUUUUUGCAUAUCAAAGACUCUCAGCAGCUCCCCAAACCCCCUCAAACCGUGAUGAUAUUGCAUCUUAUCCUUUUAGCUCUCCCUCUCUUCCUCUUGUUUCUUGUUCGAAACCACAGAAACAAUGGAAGAACGCCCCUUCCACCAGGUCCUCCAGGGCUGCCCUUCAUUGGAAACUUGCUCCAGAUUAGUAAAACAGCUCCUCAUCUCUACCUAUGGCAACUUUCUAAACAAUACGGCUCCCUCAUGUUCUUACGCCUUGGUUUCGUGCCAACCCUAGUUGUUUCUUCUGCAAGAAUGGCAAAAGAGGUCAUGAAAACACACGAUCUUGAAUUUUCUGGCAGGCCUUCCAUGCUUGGCCUGAAAAAGUUAACCUACAAUGGCCUAUCUUUGUCUGUUGCUCCAUCCAAUGAUUAUUGGAGGGAAAUGAGAAAGGUUUGUGCUCUUCAUCUUUUCAAUUCUAAAAGGGUGCAAUCCUUUCGUCAUAUCCGGGAAGAUGAGGUUCUGGAAACGGUUAAAAAGAUUUCCAAGUUUGCUUCUGCUUCCAAGCUCACCAACUUAAGUGAGAUCUUAAUUCUUCUCACAAGCACCAUAAUCUGCAGGGUUGCGUUCGGUAAGAGGUACGAUGAUGAAGGAUGUGAAAGAAGUAGAUUUCAUGAACUCCUAGGUGGAGUUCAGACCAUGUCGAUGGCCUUCUUUUUCUCGGACCAUUUUCCUUUAAUGGGCUGGGUCGACAAACUCACAGGCAUGAUUGCUCGGCUCGAGAAAAUUUUCGAGGAAUUGGAUUUGUUUUGUCAAGAAAUCAUUGAUGAGCACCUGGAUCCAAAUAGAUCAAAGCUUGAGCAAGAAGACAUCACUGAUGUCUUGCUUAGACUGCAGAAGGAUCGUUCAUCUACAGUUGAUCUCACUUGGGAUCACAUUAAAGCUAUGUUCGUGGACAUAUUUGUCGCAGGAACAGAUACAAGUGCGGCCACAGUGGUUUGGGCGAUGACAGAACUAAUGAAGAAUCCCAUAGUGAUGAAGAAAGCACAAGAAGAACUCAGAAAUUUAAUCGGGAAGAAGGGCUUUGUGGAUGAAGAUGAUCUCCAGAAGCUUUCUUAUCUCAAAGCACUAGUGAAGGAGACGAUGAGAUUGCAUCCAGCAGCUCCAUUGCUGGUCCCGAGAGAAACACUUGAAAAGUGUGUGAUAGAUGGGUAUGAGAUAGCACCCAAAACCCUCGUGUUUGUGAAUGCAUGGGCCAUUGGAAGAGAUCCUGAGUUCUGGGAAAACCCAGAAGAGUUCAUGCCUGAGAGAUUCUUGGGUUCUUCCAUAGACUUCAAAGGACAGGAUUACCAGCUCAUACCUUUUGGAGGAGGACGACGAGUUUGCCCAGGGUUACUGCUAGGAGCUGUGAUGGUGGAGCUGACACUAGCUAAUCUACUUUACUCAUUUGACUGGGAAAUGCCUGCUGGAAUGAACAAGGAAGACAUAGACACCGAUGUCAAACCUGGUAUCACCAUGCACAAGAAGAAUGCUCUUUGCCUGUUGGCUAGGAGCCAUAUCUGAUGAAUAGGCAUGUAAAUAAAUAUGCAUAUCUUUUUAUUUGAUGUAAAAAUGGAAGACAAAAGGUCAUAUUACUAGGUUAAUUAAUUUGAAGUCUGUGUUGGAGGCAUCCUAUAAAAUUAGAAGUAUUAAUACAUAAUGAUCUAGAUACCUUAAUCUGGAUAAAUUUAUGAA